AUGCCGGCAGCACCAAAGUCCUUCCUUCCCGCCUUUGCCGGCUUCAUCGUCUUCGCAUUCUCAUACACCUUCAUCCAAGCCUCAAAAGAAGGCGCCGCCAUGGACAACGCACGCACACGGUGGCAGAAUCAGCACGCCAGUGCGCGGAACGUGUUAAGCGGGGGCGUGACCAUGUUGGAUGCUGUUGAAGAGAAGAUUAGUAAAUCCUGA